CUCAAAACGAACAGAGCCAUCGAACGGUGAAGGUGCGCGCAGCGAAAGUCUCCCCCAUAAACCAACAUAAAAAAAAGAGAAGAACGAAAUAUAAAAGGAAAAGAAGAAAAUCAAAACAAAACGACAAGAACAACAGCAAGACGUUUUACUUUUUUUGUUUGUGUUUUUUUUGACCCAGAGAGAAAAGAGAGAGCAGAAAGUGAUCGAGAUGGCGUUCAUGAUGCCCGUGAUGAAGAACAACUACGAUAUCUACAAGGACACGCGUUCCCGCAAAACGUCGGAAUGUUCGAAUGCUAGUAGUAACGGUACAACGGCUUUGGCCACCGCACUUGGAACGCCCGCUCAGGGACAACAGCAGAACCAGCGCCGUCGCAAGGUGUCGGAAUGCAAAUCGGAGAGUUUCGCCACCUCCCCAUCGCAUGGACAACUGGGCGUGUCCUCCGCCCACCAGCGGAUGCAAAUGCAGCGGUGUCACAGUUCGCGCGCUUUUCCGCGCAACGCAUCACGCAGCUCGCACGGUUCCAUGCAACAAAUUGUGUCGCCCACGCGCAGUAGUCCGCCCAGCCGCUCGCAUACUGCUUCCGCUCUGGAACGACAAGCGGCCGCCCAGGCCGCCGCUCUUAAUCAAAAGCAACAACAAUCGGCAGUGGAGUCCUCGAACGACUACACGAAGUUCCACUUGCGGUUGGUUGACAAGCUGCGCAAGUCCUUUCGCAAGGAUAGCGGUAAACGGUCAUGAGAGUAUCGCAAUCAAAAUAACAAUCCCAGCAACAACAACCACUACGACAACAACAAUGCCAGCUGCAGCAGCGCUUCGUUGCUAUUUAUUAACAACAACAACAGCAGAGAAUGGGAGCGACAGGAGCAAGAGGGUGUAAGCGAGACAGACGAUGCCAACGGAAGAUCGCUACCUGGUCAGGACUUGGGAGAGCACAGUGCAGCUAGUGCCUCUACCUGGACAAAAGAUGCCACCUGCCUAGAAGGAAGCAGGACAAAGAGUAUCUCGGAAAGGAGGAGAGCAGCGAAUUCUUCCAAGGAGCGGGGAGCAGCACGACGACCCCCCCGGGAGCGAGAGAAAGGCAUGGUCAGUCGUUUGGGGCGACACUUCAGGCGUUAUUGUAAAUUGCUGGCAGUCUCCAACGGCAGCGCUACGGCCGAGGACGAGACAGAGGUAUCGGCAGAGGUGAGCUCCAUGGAGCAGUUAACCCACAGCAGAGACAACAGUCGCAGUCGGCGUCGGCGCAGCAGCAGCAUUGGAAGCGCUAGCAGCCGGCUGAAGAUGCGACUGCGACGCUGCACUUCGUCGCCAGGAUAAGAGGGAAACGGCUUAUUAUCAACUAGGUCGGAGCAAGAGAGAGAGGAGAGACUGGAAGUGAAAAGAGCGGGCAGCGGCGAAGCCGAAGGGGGCUGCGAGGAGUCACUUAACCUAGUUUUGUGUUAACCGUAAAAAAGUAACGAUGCCCCCCAAGAAAAGCAGGAAACACAAAAGUAAGUUGGCGUACAGUUGUUGGUGCAAAUUUGUUUCAAACAUAAUCUACAAAAUAUAAUAUAUAAAUCAAUUUCGGUGUACAUAUACAAACUAUUUAAACAUACAUAUAUAUUAAACACUAUCAAUACAAAAAACAAAGUCCCAAAUGUAUAAUUACAUUAAUUAUAUGUAUUUAUGUAUGCCAGGCUUCCAAAUAGAACAUAGAACCUAUCCCGGAACCAAAAUCCUCUCCCAUUUUUUUGUAACUGCGGUUUCGCAACUAGAUGAAAACAGAAAUUGCAACUGCCAAUUGCAUUGUAUAACGAAAACCACAUCAGCAACAACCCAAAAACAAGACAAAACACUUGAGAAAAUAACAAACACACUAGAGAACCACAGAUUUUUACUUUUUCAUUUUGUAAUUGCAUAAUUACGAUGCGCAAUCGACAAUAUAUAACUUUAAAAGCAUUGCGAACAAAAUAAAAAUAAAAAACGAAGCAGCUGAAAACAGACUUAAUAUUAAUAAUAACGUAUAAAUUAUACACAUAUGUACUUGUACUAAAAAAUAUAUAUAUAUACAAAAAUGUACCUAGACGACAGCUACUUUUAAGCAAAAAUAAAUGUUAUUCGUUUUUUUUUCCUAGCUAGUAAUUUUGUAAUUACACAAACAAACACGGCAAACGAAAAUGAAAAACUCUAAAAAAAA